UCUAAGCCUUGUCUUGGGCGCUAUGAAUAGAAACAUCUUCCAUUGUCCAGGACUCUGUAGGGGAUUUAUGUAGGGGUUUUUAUAUUGAUGAUAGAGAUUAGAUGGAUAGAUAGUAGAUAGGUCAGAUUGAUUGAUUGAUUCGGAGUUUUUAAGAAUAUUCAUGUAUAGACAGGGACAUACUGACAUCGGCAUGUGAAGAAGUGCGUACGUACCCCGAACGCCAUCCGAAGGAUUUGCCACGAUCGCUGCGCCUUGUGGAGCCGCGUCGUCGUUGAGGCUAUGGGGUAAUUUGCUUAUUAUUGUGAUGGGCGAGUACGCAUAUAAACCCCCUAUCGUCCUUCCGAUCUGUCCAUCACUAUCAUCUAUCUAUCUACCUGUCAAUCCAUCUACUACCUACCACUCUAUCUACCACUUAAUCUCUCCUUCAUCUCUACCCGAGACAAUCAUCAAAAUGCAGUUCCGCUUCCUCGCUACCUCCCUCCUGGCUACCACUGCCCUCGCCCAGGUCGACAGCAUCAUCUCCAACGCCGAGGGCGCCGCUACCACCGCCGUCUCCAACGCCGAGGGCAUCGCUUCCACCGCUGUCUCCGGUGCUGAGAGCGCCGCUUCCUCCGCCGUCUCUGGCGCCGAGAGCGUUGCCUCCUCUGCCGUCUCCGGUGCCACCGCCACCGAGACUGGUGCUUCUUCCUCCGGUGCUGCCUCUGGUAGCGCCUCGGCCUCGGGCUCCGUCUCCGGCUCUCCCUCCGCCGCCGCCUCUUCCUCCAGCGUCAUCGUCACCUCGACUAUCAGCGACGCUACCCUGACCAACAGCGAGGGCAGCGCCACCGCUACCGGCCCGUCGACUGUUGUCAAGACCGAGGAGGCCACUGCCACUUCUAGUGGCGAGGCUACCUCUUCCACCACUGAUGGUGCUGGUGCUCACCCUACCGCUCCUGCUCUGGGAUACGGUAUUGCCGGUGUCGCUGGUGUCCUCGGUGUCAUGGCUGCCCUGUAAGGGGUGUUAGUUGAUGGGUUGGGAUAAUUGGAUUCAUUGAUUGAUUGCGUUGGAUUGA